GUUACUGUCAUGAAAUUCAAAGGUAAUCAGAAGCAGUUUGAACAUAAUGCCCAAAUCGAUUCAAUGUUCCCGAAAACAAAGAUGUGACUAAUUUGAUUUUCGAAGGCAAAGAAUGCCAAGAGUUGAUCCGAAUAGCCGAUAAGAGUGCCGACGGUUGGACAGUAGUGGACGAGUAUGCCUCUGAUGAAUUGGCCUCCGGUUCCGAGGAACAGUUGAAGAAGGCUAAGGACGCGGCGAAACGUAAACGAAGGCAAGCCAUGCAAGGUCACCACGGGCCAGAAAAGAGAACUAAGACCUCCCUCUCGUCAACAGAUCAGCAGCUUUUUUGCGAUUUCAGAAGAAUCAAGACCAAAGGCAAGAAAAGAAAAUUAGAUUCAGCUGAGGUUUCCAUGCAACAAGCUUGUAAGAGCAUUCUUGUCACCGGUCUUUCAGAUAACACUACCCAUGAUGCCAUCCAACUGCAAUUUGAAAGUCGAAGAAAUAGUGGGGGUCCUGUGAAAAGGGUGCAAUUUGUAGCCAAAAGUGGUAGAGAUAUAGUUGUGUUUCAAGACCCAGGAGAUAUGGAAAAAGUUUUAGCCAGACGUGAAGAAAAAUCACAUGCCUUAAAUCAAGCGCAACUGUCAAUGGGAAUUUGUCAUGAGUUUCUAGAAAGUGAGGAAGUCGAC